AAAACGAAAACCGGAGUUGAUUGAUUGAUUAUAUUUUAUAAGAUACCAGUCAUAUACUACGACACCUACUCUACAAAAUCCUUCACUACAUACAUCCAUUAUGUCUUUGGUAUUUUCACAAAGAAGAACUUCUCCUGAAAUAACUUGAGAAACAGGAAAUUCUGAGUAGUGACAGUUGGCACACUCACACUUACGUGCGCGCACGCACUGAUUGAUGUUAGGAAAUUUAAAGAGAUCGAUACAUCGAGAAAAUCUGUUUGAAAGAGGAUUUUUCUAUGGAAGAUGCGAGUGUUGGAAGAGAAAUUUAAAUGUCUUCAUUGAAACAAAGAACAAAAAUUGUAAAAUUUUAACCUUCAAGUUUCAAUACUGAAAGAAUGUCUGAGGAAGUGGUAACAUAUUGCAGAUGUGAUACUUGUGGGAAAAAAUGUAACUUAUCUGUUUGUGAGUGCACUCAUACAAAGGAAAAUCCAUAUCACCGUGAAAUAUGUGAGGAAACAUUUUCUGAAAAAGCUAAUCUAACAGAACAUGAACAUGGUCUCACUGACAAGAAAGUGCAUCAUUGUGAAAUAUGUGGGAAACAGUUUUCUCAAUUUAGUACAUUAACACGGCAUAAACGUAUUCACAGCGGAGAGAAACCCUACCACUGCGAAAUCUGUGGCAAAGCAUUUGCUGAAAAUUAUUUUUUAACAUUACACAUACGUACUCACACUGGAGAGAAACCAUAUCAAUGUAAAAUCUGUGGAAAAGCCUUUUCUCAGAUGAGUCAUUUAGCAGGACAUAAACAUAUUCACAAUGAGGAAAAACCAUACCACUGUGAAAUGUGUGGGAAAGCUUUUUCUGAAAUAAGCCUUGUAAGGAAACAUAAACGUCUUCACAAUGAGGAAAAACCACACCACUGUGAAAUAUGUGGAAAAGAAUUUUCCAUUAGUGCCAACUUAAUACGACACAAACGAACUCAUACUGGGGAAAAACCAUAUCAGUGUGAGAUCUGUGCGAAAACAUUUUCUGAAAUUGGUCAUUUAACAAGGCAUAAACGUUUUCACACUGGAGAAAAGCCACACAAUUGCGAAAUAUGUGGGAAAGCAUUUUCUACAAGGGGUAAUUUAACAGUACACAAACGUAUUCACACUGGGGAGAAACCUUAUCACUGUGAAGUUUGUGGGAAAGCAUUCUCUGAUAGACGUUAUAUAUAUGUACACAAAAAUACCCACACUGGAGAGAAACUAUUUCCCUGUGAAAUCUGUGGGAAAGCAUUUUCUCAAGUUGGUCAUUUGAAACGGCAUAAAUAUAUUCACACCGGGGAGAAACCAUAUCACUGUGAAGUUUGUGGAAAAAACUUUUCAAACAGUGGCACCUUAGUAAGACAUAAACGUGUUCACACUGGAGAAAAGCCACACCACUGUGAAAUCUGUGGAAAAACAUUUUCUCAAAAUGGUGCUUUAACAAGUCAUCAACGUAUUCAUACUGGAGAAAAGCCAUUCACAUGUGAUGAAUGUGGGAAAGCUUUUUCUACAAAAAGGUAUCUUCGAAGACACGAACAUGUACACUCAUAUUAAAAAGAAACCAUUUACUCAUCAUAAUUACUUAAAUAUGCUCAAAGUCAUUCAUACAAGUAGAAGACUGUUAAGAUAUAAAUUUUGUGGGAAAGGAUUUUCUGAUUCCAAUGACUUAGGAAGCACAAAUAUAAUUUAUUUUGGGGAAAAUAGGUUUACCAUUAUGAAAUUUGGUGGAAAUCAUUUUCUCCAACCAAUCACUUAUCCAUACAUAGAUGUCUUUUAGAAAAAAACCGAUUUGGCUGUGAACUUUCAGAGAGAAUAAUAUUGGCUGUUAAUCACUACAUGUGACUGUUAAAAUGUUGUAUUUGCAAUGUAUAAAAAGUAUUCUAUGGAAUUAUGGUAAAUCUAUUUCUAAGAAUUGUUAUUUAGGGUUGAUGCCAGUGCUGCCUGACUGGCUCCUGUGCCGGUGACAUGUAAAAAGCAUUAUUUGAGUGUGGUCAAUGCCAGUUCUGCCUGAUUGGCCCCUGUGCCAGUGGCAUGUAAAAAUCACCCACUACACUCUUGGAGUGGUUGGCGUUAAGGACAUCCACCUGUAGAAACCUUUCCAGAUCAGAUUGAAGCCCGAGUCCUCAGUCAAACUGUCCAACCCAUGCCAGCAUGGAAAGCAGAUGUUAAACGAUGAAGUGUCAUUUGUACAUAUGUAUAACAAGAUAGUGUAUGACUGCUGCUGCUGCUGUGUUAUCCCUGAAUAAUGUUUGAGACAUUAUUGUGGCUGUCAAGGCAGUGAGCUGGCAGAACCAUUAGUGUGCUGAACAAGAUACUUAGUGGUAUUUUGCCUGUUGCUACAUUCUGAGUUCAAAUUCCAGCGAGGUUAACUUUGCCUUUCAUCCUUUCAGGGUUGAUAAAUUAAGUACUGGGGCCGAUUUUAUUGACUAGUCCCCUCCUCCCAAUAUUCAGGCCUUGUGCCUAUAGUAGAAAGGAUUAUUGUGGCUGUCAUCCUAACUUGAAACUGAAAUCUGAAGUCAUGCUCAAAAUUCAACUGGAAAUUCUUUGGAUUAGAAUAUCAAAUUCUUUUAUAUGAUACUCACCUUCCCUGGUAACCUCUGAGAUUUUGAGAAGAAAUUAAAAAAUUUUUCUCAUGUUUAUAUAUUUUAAUGAAUAUUAUGUUAUGUUGAUGGAUAAUAAACAUUAUUUUGAUAUAAAAAUCAGGUGCAUUUUUAUGAUUGUUUGUCGUGACUUAUGUAUGACGUUAUACAUUUUUUGAGCUAGCAUGUUCAGUCACUAUUUUCACAUUACAAACAACACAUCCAUCAAUGAGUUGUGAUAAUAUUUUAUUCAAUAUGCAUAAAUCAAGUCAUCAUGUUUUCAUCUUAAUCUAAGAUUUACUGAUCUAUUUUCCUCUUUGCAACAAGAUUUAAAAUUGGAUUGCUUGGUAUUUGAUACUGUUGCUACAUCAAUCUUCCUCAGUUUAUGUCACUUCAACUUCUACAUACAUUUCUUUGCAAUAAUGUAUUCCACAAGAGAAAAAGGAAAGCUGUAAUUUCAGGACAACAUUGUAAUAAAUUCUAGGCACUCAUGACAAAACAAUAAACUUAGGUUUGCAGCCACCAACUACAAAUUCCCCCCCCACCCCCAAGUAUGAUCUCCAUCAUGUCCAAAUCCUUUGUUGGUAUGUCUUCUAAUUAUAAACUACAGACAGAGUAAGGGUAAUGGAGAAUUUACAGCAUAGCAGCUUGCACAAGGUACCAUCCAUUGUGAUUAGGAGAGGGAACUUAUUAAAGCAGACACUGAGUUUUAAUGACAGCAGCUAAUAGCUUGAGUCUGCUUCGUGUCUAUACUUUUACACUCAAGUCUUCUUGUUAGCUGUUUUAACCCUUUCGUUACCGUAUUUAUUUUGAGAUGCUCUGUGUUUCUUUCAGUUACUUUAAAUAUGACAAAGAAUUUAGUAAAAUAACUUAAUUAUCAUUCAGCUGGUGUUAGGAACAUAAAUUGGGACUAAGGUUUGGUAGAUUUUAAUUCAGAACUUAUGAAAACCAGACAUUUGUACUCAGAGCCGGUUUCAGCUGGAUUGGUAAUGAAAGGGUUAAAAAUCAUUAACUACAAACUGUGUAGGUCAAACUAGUGAAUUCUUUGUUACUAAUGUGAAGGAAUUGUUAAAAAAAAAAAAAAAAAAAAAAAAAAAAAAAAAAAAAAAAAAAAAAAAA